UGAAAUAGACCGUUAAGUAGAGCGUGUUGUGCAAACUCUGCGCCCUGGGGGGUCGAGGCUAUGGAGACCCCGGCCCUUCCCAGGCUCCUGCUCUUUCUGUUCUUAUUCUUGGGAUCUGGUCGCCUCCCGGCGACCUGGGCGAGGUCCCACUUUCUGCGCUAUUUCUACACCGCGGUGUCCCGGCCGGGCCCUGGGGUCCCCGCAUUCACGGCCGUUGGCUACUUGGAUGAUCAGCAGUUCGUGAGGUUUGACAGCAACAGACAGAAGGUGGAAGGUCUGACCACCUGGAUCCAGGGGGGCCAGGGGCCGGACUACUGGGAGCAGCAGAACCAGGAAUUGCGGGGCACCCAGCAGAUUUUCCUCCAGAACCUGCAGGUCGCUCUGAGCUACUACAACCAGUCCGAGGGUGGGUAUCAUUCCUACCAGGAGAUGUAUGGCUGCGAGCUGCGGACAGAUGGCUCCACUGGGAAGGCGUACGACAGGUACGGCUAUGAUGGGCAGGACUACAUCACCCUGGACCUCGACACGCUGACGUGGACGGCGGCCAAUCCCGAGGCCCAGUAUACCAAGCGGAAGUGGGAGGCCAACAAGAAAAAGCUGGAGCUGGAGAAGGCCUACCUGCAAGGGCAAUGUGUCUACUGGAUCAGUGAAUACCUGAAACUGGGAGGGGACAGUCUCAACCGGACAGAGCCCCCCUCGGUGCGGGUGACCCGUCACCCCAGCCAGGACGAGGACAACGUCACGCUGAGGUGCCAGGCCCUCGGCUUCUACCCGGCGGACAUCAGGAUGAGAUGGCAGCGGGAUGGGGAGGACCUGACCCGGGACACGGAGCACGUGGAGACGCGGCCCGGUGGGGACGGAACAUUCCAGAAAUGGACGGCGGUGGUGGGGGUGUCCCAUGGACAGGAGCAGAGAUACGUCUGUGUCGUGGACCACGAUGGCCUGGCCAACCCCCUUGCCGUGGGCUGGGUUUCAGAUCUGUCCCCACGCAAAGCAGUCAUCAUGGGGGCUUUGGCCACCGUCCUCAUCGUCACCGCAGUACUGGCUGGAGUCGUCAUCUUGAGGAAGAGGAGACCAGGUGAGCAGCAAAGCUACUACAUCCCGGCUGCAAGUGAGUGAGGGGAUAGGAAGGGAGUCAGGAGCUGAGUGGAGGGGUCACCGCGGCUCCUGGUCCUCCUUAACUAUCCAUUUCCCUCCACCGACUGAGGGAGCCGCCCACACGGGAUCCGUCUGGGAAUACUUGUUGCAUGAAGGUGCAUGGACAUUUGGUGACCCACCAGGCCCUGGACAUAAAAAGGGGCGAAGAGCAAUGUUUCCAGAAAACUCCAUGCCUGGAACCUGUUAACACCUCAGGACCCCUCCUCGAGGGGACUCAACCCAGCCCUCCCUCUUCGUAACUGAUGGACCGUCAGUCUCCCUACCCUCAAAGCCUUGUCGAAAGCACGUCUCCUCCAA